AAAAGUUCCCUAUAGAAAUCAGCAACAAUGAAGAUGAGCAGUACGCAAGGUCCACACUCUCUGGCCUUUCGGGUCAUGAGACUCUGCCGUCCUUCGCUUCACGUCGAAAUUCCGGUCCGAUUUGACCCUUCCGAUCUGUUGUUCGGUGAAGAUCUCUUCGAUGAUCCCGUCGCCGCUUCUCAUCUCCCUCGACUCCUCGCUGACACCGUCUCCGCCACCGCCGCUGACGGUAGUACCACCUCGGCUGAUCCAUCGGAUCUCUCUUACCGGAAUAGAUUCCUUCUUCAGCAUCCAUCUGAUUCUCUUGGCCUCCCUGGUCUCCUCCUGCUCCCUCAGUCCUUUGGGGCAAUAUAUUUGGGAGAGACGUUCUGCAGCUAUAUAAGCAUAAAUAACAGCUCCAAUUUUGAAGUUAGAGAUGUUACCAUCAAGGCUGAAAUCCAAACAGAGAGGCAGAGGAUACUUCUUUUAGAUACUUCUAAAUCACCUGUUGAAUCAAUACGUGCUGGAGGUAGAUAUGACUUCAUUGUGGAACAUGAUGUGAAAGAACUUGGUGCACACACGUUGGUCUGCACUGCUCUUUAUAAUGACAACGAUGGUGAGCGGAAAUAUCUUCCACAAUAUUUCAAAUUUAUGGUUGCGAAUCCACUUUCUGUUAGAACAAAGGUCCGCGUUGUUAAGGAAACCACUUUUUUGGAGGCUAGCAUAGAGAAUCAUACAAAAUCUAAUCUCUAUAUGGACCAAGUUGAUUUUGAGCCAGCUCAGAAUUGGAAUGCUACAAUACUAAGAGGUGUUGAUCACCAUCCAGAGAGCAAACAACCAAUGAGUGAUGUAUUUAAGCCUCCUAUUCUCUUAAGAUCUGGGGGCGGGAUCCAUAAUUUCCUCUACCAAUUGAAGUUAUCAUCAGAUGGCUCUCCACUGCCGAAGGUGGAGGGAAGUAAUGUCUUGGGAAAACUCCAGAUAACUUGGCGUACAAAUUUGGGUGAACCCGGACGCCUUCAGACACAACAAAUUCUUGGAAGUCCCAUUGCUCAAAAAGACAUUGAGCUAAGAGCGGUGGAAGUGCCAUCAAUUAUCAUGCUGGAGAAACCUUUCGUGGUACGUCUGAAUCUUGCAAACCAGACAGACAGGGUGCUGGGCCCUUUUGAAGUUUGGGUGUCACAAAGUGACUCACUUGAUGAGAAGGCUAUCAUGGUUAAUGGUCUUCUAACAAUGCAUUUGGCACAGGUGGAAGCAUUUAGCUCUUCAGAAUUCGAGUUGAAUCUGAUUGCUGUGAAGCAUGGGGUACAGAAAAUCACAGGCAUUACAGUGUUUGACACGCGUGAGAAGAAAACAUAUGAUUCUUUACUGGAGUUGGAGGUAUUUGUCGAUUCACAGUAGGUACUUGAGCCAGACGUGGUUGCAAAGUAAUAGGGACACUGAUCUGCUUGAAGAUUGGAGUUACCUUUGAUCGAGAACUUUUACAGCUCGGAACAUCACAGUUAAGAUCUAGACAGUUCCUUGUUAAAGGGAUUCUCUAAAUGCCAAACAACAAGAGGGUACUUGCCUGUUCAAUAGCCUCAAUGUAUCUUGGCAUUCAUCCAGAAGAUCUUCAAACUAUUAACUUGUGUUUUUCUCGAUCGAUCGACAGUGUACACUAAUUAUGCACAUGUUAUUUUCUCAGUAUAGUUUUGUGCCUUUCCUC